UCUACUUCAAGUUAGGACUUAAAUGGAAAAGGUGAAAAGUCAAAUGUUUGAUUUCUCCCCUAUAAAUACAAGUAGAUACCAGACAAGAGAACAUAUUUUGAGGAAAGUUUUCAUCUUGCAGAGGAUGCUGUGGUCAAUCUGUCUCUUUUCUAGAGUUUCCAUCUCAGCUUUAUAAACGUCAUCUAGCAUCACCGUCUCAGCAUCAUUGUUUCCAUCUCAGCUUUAUAAACGUCUUCUAGCAUCACCGUCACAGCAUCAUUUUUUCCAUCUCAGCUUUAUAAACGUCUUCUAGCAUCACCGUCACAGCAUCAUUGUUUCCAUCUCAACUGUAUAAACUUCUUCUAGCAUCACUGUCAACAAUGAAGAUCUCCAUCGUUCUAGCUUUACUCGUCCUCUGCGUUGUACAUCACGAAGGACAAACUGCACCAGCAGGUCGGAACCUGUUGCAAUGGCAAUCACAAUGGCGUCAAGGUCAAUGGUACCCGAACCAGCAAUGGCGAUCUGCAGCCCAGCGUCAGCAGACCCAAUGGAGAAUUGAUCCUGAGGAACGACUGGAGCAACAGGAAGAAGUGCUUGAGAAUCAGCAGGAGCUUCGUGAAAACACCUACGAGAACCAAGGGCCGUUAAGACAGACAGCAAAUGGACAAUGGGUCUCUAAUUCCCAAUCCCGUGAGGUUCUUCUCGGAUCUGUGAAUGCCCCACUUCCCUACGCGGCAGCAGGAGGGUCAACAGGAGGGUCCACCAUCUCCUUAGAAAUAGAUGAUUCCUACGUCCCAUCUUCAAUGACACCCAACGCUUAUUACAGGAAUGGUUAUCAACCGUGGAAUCCAAACCUGUGGGAUUAAGCAUUAUAACAAACUCUGAUGCGGGAUUUAAUUCGUCAAAGAUAGAUAGGCCCAGGGUAAUCUACUAACAUUUAAGCCGAAUGCUGGGUUUAAUUAAGCUUCUGGCCGAAACUGAGUUUAACAGGAAGUUAGUCCGUCUAAGUUUUCCCUGUGUUAAACGUUUUAGAUCAUGGGUCGGGUUUAACUGAAUUACUAUUUGGGUUAGGGUUUCGGUUGUGAUAGGGUUUAGGGUUAGGUUUAGGUUUUAGGGUUAUGCUUAGUGUUAGGUUUAUGGUUAAAAGAUAUGAAUACGUAUAUUGCCAGACCCAUAUAUGCAAUCGUUGCUUGUCAUUAUAUUUUCAGUUGCUUUUUUUAAAAUUCAUAAUAAAUGGCCCAGUUGGUUGAGCAUUUUACUCAUUUUAGUUCAUGAGAUUUGAUCGAACACAUAAUUAACCUCGUGGCAUAUUUGUAUGCAAUAUAUUUUAGAGUGAAAGUCUAUCACGUGACCAGCCGAGACCUGGGGUCCUGAUGCCAGGAUUAAGCUGAUGUUUUCGAGACAAGAUCAAGACAUCAAAAGCCUGAAAACAUGACAGCUCUAGAUAUAUUCCUUAUGAUGUAUACAUUGUAUAUAAUGUUAUUUUGAGUGACAUAAACUGUAAAUGUUAA